CCAAGCUGAUAGCAAAUUGUUAAAAUACGCUAAGUCAAUUUGUAAAACAAUAAAAUUAUUGAUUGAAAACUUAUUUCAAUAAUUUUUCACACGACAAUACUAUACCAUAAUGUGAACAUGUAGUUUUUAAAUAAAAAUACUUAGCCUAAAUACAAGAAAAAUGUGUGUAACUUAAGAAUUCUGGCAAAUAAGGUGACGUUUGCCAAUUUUGUUCUCGGUUCUACUUCUGUACUUCAAUCAUUGACUAAUCUAAUCACAAUCUGUUAUUAAUUAUCAUAAAUUAUUAUUUAAAAGAUUCACAGAAUGAUAAUAUUUGUCAUUAUAGCUUUUGACUAUUAUAAGUGAACAACAUUGUUUACGAAAAAAAAAUUUCCACAGAUUUUUCGAAAAUUUCAUGUCUCUAACAUUAUAAUUAUUUAAAAAGGAGCUUCAGAAAAACACGUCAAAAAUGAUUUAUCGGUCAUACAGUCUGUUAUCUGUAGUAGGAAGCAAGUUAAAUUAUUAUCAUCUAGAUCAACUUUAUUUUUUGCAAAUAUCAUUAGCAAAACGCCAUGCCAGUAUUUAUAUAAAACAAUGCAAAACUUGCUACCAAGUUCAAUUGAAGAAAAAUGUAUGGAAAAUUUUUAACACGAAAAAAACAGGAAAUAAUUUGGAUUCCAGAUGGACAAGUAUUGAAGGGAGAAGAUCAAUGUCUGAUGAUAAAUCAUCUCAAAAUGAAGAAAUCCCAAAAUUAGUCAAAAAAAUAAACGAUACUCUUAAAGAAAAAAUUAUUGAAAUAGAUGGCAAAGAAUUAGGUAAAUUAAAAGAACGUUUAUUAUCGAAACCUACUCCCUCUGAUACGUUGUUAGAGUCAAACAAAAAUAUUCAAGCAUCAAUAAUUGAUGCUGCUUUACGUAACAAUGCAAGUAAAACCACUGAAGGAGAAGUACUUUCAAAAAAAGUGAAACGUUUGCGAGUAGAUCAUUCAGCAUCGUCUUUAGAAAGAAAUUUUAUUACUCCCGUUAGAGCUAUGUUAGAUUUUAUGUUAAAACCUUCAGAUUUAGAAUCUCUUCCAAAAACAAAACGAAGAUCACCGUAUGAGGAUAAACCUCCUAUUACUGUCUAUUGGAGAAAAGACAUUGAAGCUAAAGCUAUUGAAGUAUGGGGAUCACGAGAAGCUUUAUUAAAAGAGCGACUGAAAAGAGAGGUUGAGCAAAAAGUCUAUCAACAAAAUUUAUUUACUGUAAAAAGGAGGCUUAAAGAUUACAGAAAAGAAAUAAAAAAUCAAUCAGUUAGAAUAGAUGAACGUGAAGGUCUUUUCGGCAGGUCUGGAAAAGUUGUGUUGACUGCAGUCACCAUAAAUGCCUGUAAUUUUUUAUGUAAAUUAUUUGCUUGGCUUUAUACUGGUUCCCACAGCAUGUUUUCAGAAUGUAUUCAUUCUGCGGCUGAUACCGCAAAUCAAUUAAUUCUAGCUUAUGGAAUUCAUAAAUCUGUACAGGAUCCUAACGCAGAUCAUCCAUAUGGCUAUACAAAUAUGAAAUACGUAUCGUCUUUAAUAUCUGGAGUAGGAAUAUUUUGCGUAGGAACAGGAUUAUCGCUCUAUCACGGCAUCCAUGGCAUUCUAUUUCCAGUUCCUGUUGAAUCAUUCUACUGGGCUUAUUUUAUCCUUGGUGGAUCUCUUAUAUCUGAAGGAGCUACGCUUUUAGUCGCUAUUAAUUCUAUAAAAAAAGGAGCUGAAGAUAAGAAUAAGCCUUUUAAGGAUUAUGUGCUCUCGGGACAAGAUCCAUCAGUAAAUGUCGUUCUUAUGGAAGAUUUUGCUGCAGUUAUCGGCCUAGCUAUAGCUGGAAGCUGCAUGGGAUUAACUUCGUAUCUGGGAAACCCCAUUUAUGAUGCAGUUGGAUCGUUGCUUGUUGGUGGACUUCUUGGAGGAGUUGCUUCUUUUAUAAUUUAUACAAAUGUUGCUGCACUAGUCGGCCGAAGUAUACCUCAAGAAAAUUUAGAUAAAAUUAAUGCUGAGCUUGAGGCUGAUGUUAUGGUGCGGGCAAUAUAUGAUGUUAAAGGAAUAGAUAUGGGCAAUAAUCUCGUUCGAUAUAAAGCAGAAAUUGAUUUUGAUGGCCGAGAACUUACAAGAUCAUAUCUUGAUAAACAUGAUUUAACUGCAAUGUUGGACGAAGUAAAAAAAAUGCAAAGUAUUGAUGAACUUGAAACAUUUCUACUAAAGCACGGUGAAAAUAUUGUGGAUAUGUUGGGAGCAGAAAUUGAUAGAAUUGAAAUAAAACUCAAGAAAAAUCAUCCCGAAAUACGACACUGUGAUUUGGAGGUACUAUAAAUAUAAAAUUUAGAAAAAGUUACAAUGCUAAUACUAAAUGCUAAUACGUGUAAAUAAAUAUUUAUGUUAUUUAAAUUUAAAAGUAAAUCAUUAAAGUCACUGUUCAUUUUUGUGGUUCAUUGUACACGUUUUAAAUAAAUUAUUAUUUUAUAACAUU